AUGAUUCAAAGCAGAAUGACUGAAUUCCACGAAUACGUUGGUUUAUCAGGGCAAAAGAGUAUGGUUGAACACGAACCAAGAUUCUACGAGGAAUUGUACGACAAAAUUGAGAGACUGGAGCUGUUGGUUGAAGACAGCAGCUCGUACAGGAACUUCCUUGUUUUGGAUGAGAAACUGGUUGAGAUGCAGAAGGAGGUGCAGUCUCUGGACACCAUUGAAAUUGAGGGGUUUGAGGAAGAGUACGAGGGAAUCAAGUACAUUUUGAAGCACAAGGUGUACGGAAUAAAGCAGAUGAUAAACAGGAAGAAGAUUGGGGAGAGAGACGAGGUAGCAGGAGAGAGACACGAGGAGUAUGGGAUUGAGAAUGAGACAAAUGUGGAAGGGGAGAUGAAGAAGCAUUUUACGCAGGAGGAGUUGGAACAGGUUGAAAUGGAAAACAGGCAAAUUGUAGAGGGAAAGGAGUAUGAGACAACCAGAAAGAGAAUAAAGCAGAUAAAUGAGGUACAGAAGGCAAUAAAUGAGCAGCUGAUUGUGCAGAAUGAGCGCAUUGAUGACGUGUGUGAGACAACGAAGGAAACAAAGAAGACGUACUUGGAUUUGAACCGAAUACAGUUUGAUGGAGCAGGAAGCAUCUUCAAGAGGUUUCUGGCCAAAUUCAUCCUACUUGUGGCACUCUUCCUCUUGUUCAAGCACUACCUGAAUCGAUAA